CAGAUACGGGACAAGUGUAAGACGAACAUCAGUAAUAUGUAUCGCUGUGGAAUAAGCUAACCUGAUCGAGUGCGUGGGGAACAGAUAUGAAGAAUAAGCAACAGCAAUUGAACCUUCACCUCAAAAUCCAAUUCAUCAGCUAAAUCUUGGAUUUUUCCACAGCGGGUACUCAUAGAAAGGACAUCUAGCUCUUCCAUUUUCAAUAAACCGUAAAAAUGGAUAAUAUGGAACCCAUCCCAGAGGCUCCAGCUGCAGCGCACAAAAUCUCAUUGAUCACUCCUAUUCGUGCCGCCAUCCGAAUACGCAGAAAAAUCAGAAUGUUUAAAACCAACCAUCUUCAUUUGGAUCUGUCUGGCAGGAGACCUCUGGACAACACCAAAUCCUGCCUACUUCGUCGGCAGCUGUCUACUGAGCAGUCCGUUUAUAGGGCCUCCAGCUUUGACACCCCUAAUUUUUUUACAUUUGACACACCGACUUUGGAGCAGGUUGCCUUUAGUAAUCUAAAGCGUAAGAAAAAACGUAGGCGGUCCAGGGCAGUGCUUUAUCCUGGAAACUCCAAAAAAUAUUUACCAGUGGAACAGAAGAGCAAAGCGAAACGGUGCCUAAUAUUGUUAGUAGGGAUCAUUUGCUUCCAAAUCUUGAAUGCUAUCGAGAACUUGGAUGACAAUGUGCUAAAAUAUGAACUAGAUGGACUUGAGAAAACAAUGCAUCGGGAAGUUUUUGGGCAAAAGGUUGCCAUUGAUGGAAUAAUGGACCUCCUGAAGGACUACCUGGCAACUCAUUGUCAUAAUAAGCCAUUGGUGAUCUCCAUGAACGGUCCUAGCGGCGUUGGUAAGAGCCACAUGGGACGGAUAUUGGCCAAGCACUUUCGUGCAGUCAUGGACAAUGAUUUUGUUAUGCAAUAUUAUGUCAUGCACAACUGCCCAAAAGAUAGUGACAUUGAGGCUUGCAGGAACAAUUUGUUUGACUUGAUUUCAGACAUGGUUACCCGGGCAGAGAUCGAGGAAAAAAUUCCUGUCUUCAUAUUUGAUGAAUUGGAGCUUAUGCCCCCACCACUUUUGGACACAUUACAAGGUUACUUCUACUUAAACCAAAACAAUGAGUAUCUCAAUGCCAUUUACAUAUUAAUCAGCAACAUUGGAGGAAAUGAGGUGACCAAGUUUAUCCUGCAAAACUCAUCCAGCGACGUUGUGAACUUGCGACAAGAACUGCAAAGCAUCAUCCAAUCUUCUUUGAAACAGCACCACAGAAUUUGGGAUAUUGCUGAAAUUGUCCCUUUAACUUUGUUGGAGAAAAGCCAUAUUGCCCAUUGCUUUUUGGAUGAACUCCUACGGGAAGGGUUUUACCCGGACAAUAACAACAUUGAAAGCUUGACAGGACAGCUAAAAUAUUACACUACAGAGGACAAGCAAUACUCCAUCACUGGGUGCAAACAGGUGGUAGCUAAAGUGAAUCUUCUACAACCGUACACAUGAUUGUUGGUAUUAAACCAUUAUGACUGUUGUCUAGAAUGUUUAUCAUUCAAAUUAAAGGAAGUCUGUGAGUUUAAUAACCCUUUGCCCUAGUGAGGCUGAGU